AUGAGUGAACAAUUGAUGUUGAUAGAAAAGGGGAGGGGUCUACAGAAAGUUGUCAACUCAGCUGCAUUGCCAGAGGAGAGUGCAACAAAUUCCCAGGACCUGUUUGAUACAUCUCCAAGGCACUUACUUUCCCUAUCUAGAUUUGAUUCCAUUCAUCAGUCAUUACCACUUCUAACACUACUACCAGCUGUAAAUAUCCAAGUGCAAUGCCCAGAAGCUGCAGUAGUUGAGCUGGGGACUCUAACAACACAGAAAGCAGUAGAUUCAAAGAAGAGGAAAGCAACUGCUUAUGAUGUUUAUGAGCUAAAGAUACUGUAUUUGAAGGGAGAAAUGGCAAAGCAGACUAAAGAGAUGAGGAAAUUAGAUCUUCAGAUAGAGUUGCUGGAAGAAAUGAAACGAGACAAAGAGAAUACUCAACUAACAUUAUCUCAACUUUUAAUGAAUUAAAUUAUUUAUUUUUCUUAUCAAUCAACAAUUAUUUGCCAGAAAAAAAUGCCUGUGUACGGUACCAAGUCACAAAUGAUGUUUAGGAUG